AAUUCUGGGAUACUGUGAGCCAAAUCUGUUAAAAUCAAUACACUCAAUUCAAAAUGUUGAAAAGUGUCCUUGUUUGAAAAAGCCCAGGUAAACGUUUUCAGAGGGUAGAUUGUCAGGGAACAGGUUUUUGUAUGCAGAGGUUGAUAACUUGUUGAACUGUGACUAUGCUUUUGACUACUGGGGAAAAGGCACAAUGGUCACCGUCAGCUCAGCCACUGCCACUGUCAAUAAACCAACUGUGUUUCCUCUGAUGCAAUGUGGCUCCGGGACCGGAGACACAGUCACUCUCGGCUGCUUGGCCACCGGCUUCGCACCGUCUGCUCUGACCUACGGAUGGAGCAAAUAUGGGGCAGACUUGCCCUUGACAGACUUCAUUCAGUACCCACCCAUACAGAAGAACAACCUCUAUCAGGGUGUCAGUCAAAUCCAAGUGAGUAGACAGGACUGGGAUGCCAAGAAGAAAUUCAAAUGUACCGUGACACAUGCAGCGGGAACGGCGCAGUGUGAAUUCGUAAAACCAGUGGUGGCUUAUAGAGUUCCAACUCUUAAAGUGUUAGCCUCCAUUUCCUCUGAAGAAAGUGAGUCUUACCUCUCCUGCUUGGCCACUGAUUUUUCACCUGACGAAUAUAAGUUCAAAUGGCUGACAAACAAUCAAGAAAUCACAACCGAAAUCCACGAGAUGAAAACUCGUUCUGUGGAAAGAAAGGACGAGAAUGGAACUUCACUGUACAGCGCAGCAAGUUUCCUCACGAUGAAUUCCAGUGACCCAACUUUGAAGAUCCCAGUCACAUGUCUGUUUGAGGGGAAAGGGGAAAAAGGUCCAAGUAUGUUGAAUAGAACGAUCAUCACAAAGACAUGUCCAAUUGGCCCUACCGGCGGCACAGAUUGUCCUGUAGCAGAUGCGGAUGUACAUAUCAUCGAACCCUCAAUGGAGGACAUGUUAUUACACCACAAAGGAACGGUAUAUUGUCAAGUCAAGGUUAACAAACCAUCUCUGGAAAAGAUUUCGUGGGAGACCGAGACUGGAAAUCCAAUACUUGGUGCUGACCCAAUUACCAACCUUAAGGGCCGUAAGGGAGUAUUUAAUGCUGAACUUAGCAUCACGUAUGAAGAAUGGAUAAAGGGCACCAAGUUUGUCUGCAAGGUGGAACAUAAAGAUUGGAUGGUGCCUCUUACAAAACCCUACCAAAGGAUUAAUGGAGGAACGACUCAGCGUCCAUCAGUGUUUAUGCUACCUCCCCUAGAACAUACUAAAAAAGACACGGUGACCCUGACUUGCUUAGUGAAAGACUUCUACCCGAAGUAUGUGUUUGUGGCUUGGCUUGUUGAUGAUCAGGAAUCAGGCUUACCCUACAACACCACAAGCCCUAUAGAAAAUGAGGGAUCCUAUUCUGCUUAUGGCCAGUUAACUCUCAGCACUGAACAGUGGAACGACAAUGACACUGUUUAUAGCUGUGUUGUUUACCAUGAGUCUAUGGUCAAAACAGGAACUAAAGCCAUUGUCAGAUCCAUUGGGCACAGAACAUUUGAAAGAACCAACCUGGUCAACCUCAACAUGAACAUCCCCGAUACGUGCAAGACUCCCUGCACAAACUUGGUGCCCUUUGUCCAUGCCACACAUGUGAUGACAAACUUGGUGCCCUUUGUCCAUGCCACACAUGUGAUGACAAACUUGGUGCCCUUUAUCCAUUCUUCAUACGUGAUGUUUCACACUGACCUGAGGUUAUUAAGAGUGGGGGAGGGAAACUCCAACCAAACGAACAUUGACGAAGAAGAAGAUAACAUGGGAAGCACAGCCAUCACCUUCAUCCUUCUCUUCCUCAUCACUCUGCUGUUCGCCAUUGGAACCACUGCUUUCAAGAGGUAUGUAUAUCAUAAAAGACUAAAUCAUCUUAUAUUUGAAAAUUGUCCACAUCUAACUUUUAGAAUGAGGCAAGUAAUGGAUAUUUUCUCUAUCUCAGUACAGCGGAUUGUCCCUCCAAAUAUCACACUACACCCUUUGUGGGAAGGUGAAUUUGGGGCCUCACCAGUCAGACUCAUCUGCACCCUAAGUGGCUACUUCCCUGACGGACUGACAGUGGAGUGGAAGCAGGACAACAUACAUCUAACUAAUGUGGGUACCCAGAAGGAGUUGCAGAGUGUGGAAAGAGUGGAGAACACCUUCAGUUUAAGCAGCGAGAUUGUGCCGAAUAUCACAGAGUGGGCAGGUGGCUCAAUUUAUACAUGCAAGUCCGUUCAAAACAAUACGGAAUUUAUAAAAACAACAAGUAUUUGUCAACUCCAUGCAAGUGCCCCUCCCUCCAUCCAUGUGGAGAUCCCCAGCUUCAAGACUGUAAUGAUGGCAGGAUCCACGGUGAACGCUACAUGUUUGGUCCACACUAUGUUUAAAGCCAAGGUGACCUGGCUGAUGGAUGAUGAAGUGACAGAAAGUAGCUCAGUGCAGAGUAACACAACUCAUAUUCUCAGUGAAGUGACGCUGAACUCAACUCGAUGGAAACAACUUGUCUUUCUGACAUGUAAAGCAGACCAUAAGUGCUUCUCAUCCACUGAGAAGACUGUGAAUGUUACAGGGCCUGCAGUUACAGCUCCAUUGGUUGGCAUCAGGAGAUCUCUAAAGGAUUUUCUGGAAGGAGAAAGUGCUGUGCUGAAGUGUGACGUCACAAAGCUCUCAUCCCAUGACCUGUACGUCACUUUUCAGACCAACAGUGUUGACAUUCCUGACCAACAUUAUGUCGAUCUUCCUCAAGCCCCAGGCCUCCAUUCAAUCAGUACAAGUUUCUCUGUCCCUCAAAGUUACUGGAAGGAAAAUGCAAAGUUCACCUGCAAAGUGAACCAAGGCUUCUCCAACAGCUUUGAAUCAAACUCCAUUGGCAGUAUUUUUGUGGAGCCAUCAGUGGAACUUCUCCUGGCCCCCAGUGAAGAAUCAGGACCCCAGAUACUCUCGUGCUCUGGAUCGGGCUUCGACCCACAAAUCAAAUGGUCUCCUGAGUCUCAGCAAAGCUCUCCAUCAACUAAUAAAAUCAGCAUGGAUGCAGAUGGACGUGUGGCGGUAACCAGUCAACUUCAGAUCCCUCAAUCAGAGUGGAGCACAGGGAAGGUCUUCACUUGUGAAGUUUCUGACAAGUUUCUGGAAAAAACUGUGAGAAAGGACAUCAGUGUCUGCUCAGCUUGUUCAAGUGCCCCUCCCUCCAUCCAUGUGGAGAUCCCCAGCUUCAAGACUGUAAUGAUGGCAGAUCCUUGGGUGAAAGCUACAUGUUUGGUCCACACUAUGUUUAAGCCAAGGUGACUGGCUGAUGGGUGAUGAAGUGACAGAAAGUAGCUCAGUGCAGAGUAACAACACACUCAUAUUCUCAGUGAAGUGACGCUGACCUCAAGUCGAUGGAAACAACUUGUCUUUCUGACAUGUAAAGCAGACCAUAAGUGCUUCUCAUCCACUGAGAAGACUGUGAAUGUUACAGGGCCUGCAGUUACAGCUCCAUUGGUUGGCAUCAGGAGAUCUCUAAAGGAUUUUCUGGAAGGAGAAAGUGCUGUGCUGAAGUGUGACGUCACAAAUAUCUCAUCCCAUGACCUGUACGUCACUUUUCAGACCAACAGUGUUGACAUUCCUGACCAACAUUAUGUCGAUCUUCCUCAAGCCCCAGGCCUCCAUUCAAUCAGUACAAGUUUCUCUGUCCCUCAAAGUUACUGGAAGGAAAAUGCAAAGUUCACCUGCAAAGUGAACCAAGGCUUCUCCAACAGCUUUGAAUCAAACUCCAUUGGCAGUAUUUUUGUGGAGCCAUCAGUGGAACUUCUCCUGGCCCCCAGUGAAGAAUCAGGACCCCAGAUACUCUCGUGCUCUGGAUCGGGCUUCGACCCACAAAUCAAAUGGUCUCCUGAGUCUCAGCAAAGCUCUCCAUCAACUAAUAAAAUCAGCAUGGAUGCAGAUGGACGUGUGGCGGUAACCAGUCAACUUCGGAUCCCUCAAUCAGAGUGGAGCAUAGGGAAGGUCUUCACUUGUGAAGUUUCUGACAAGUUUCUGGAAAAAACUGUGAGAAAGGACAUCAGCAUCUGCUCAGUAACUCCAGCAUCAUCUAUGACAGUUGGUGUGUAUGUUCAGGGACCACCACUCCAGGAGCUUAUGAACAAGAGACGGGUACAUAUCACCUGUCUUCUGGUCGGCCCGUCUCUUAGUGAUUUCUCUGUCAAUUGGAAAGUAGAUGGCAGUAAUUCCCCGAGUGCCCUUGAGGAGCCACCAGUGAGUCACAGCAAUGGGACAGAGACUUUGUGGAGCUCUCUGAUUGUGUCGGUGGAGGAUUGGCGCGCAUAUAAAAAUGUGUCUUGUGAGGCAACGCACCGAUGUUCCAACAAGGGCUACGUGGAUCAUAUAAGCAAAAGCAGAGACAUGUACCAACCAACAGUGAAGAUAAUACAACCGACUACCUCUGAACUGUCUACAUCAGAAGUCAACGCACUAAUUUGCGAAGUUUCUGGAUUUUUCCCGGCCAACAUCAUAGUGAACUGGGAAGAGAAUGACCGGAGACUCCCCUCUACUCGUUACACCAACAGUCCUACAUGGAAGUACUCCGGGAGCAGCACUUAUUCAAUGAGCAGCAAACUUUCAAAAACUGACGACGACAAUGAGUAUUCUUGUGUUGUUACGCAUGAGUCAUCUGAAAAACCUUUUAAAAGCACUAUGAAGGAUGUUUUCGCCACAGUGACAUACAGCAAACCUUCGGCCACCAUUCUCCAGGGCUCUGGUGAACUUGUUUGCUUGGUCUUUGGCUACAGUCCAGCUUCCAUAAACAUCACUUGGUUCCUCGAUGACAGCAGGGACAACUGUUUGCACUACAACACUAGUGAACCCCACCGAGGCCCCACAGGGACCGUUCAGCAUCCAAAGCACCUUAGUCUGUCUCAAGUCAUCAGGUUACCUGGGGGCAACAUCACCUGCAGGGUGACGCAUUCAAACCACCAGGCAUAUAGGACAUCCUGCAUGCCAGAUGUGAACCAGAAAACCGGUGUUGAAGGCUGGUAUUUGGCUUUCACUUUUCCGUGUUUCCUCAUCUCCUUCAUCUAUGGUGUCUUUGCUACCAUGUUUAAGGUAAGAUAA